AUGCAUCCCAAUAUUCCGAGAAUUCAUAGCGACCUUCACUCUAGCGAGAAUAAGGAUUAUCAUCUUCAAUUUAAGUGGAAUGGAGUUGAUUUUUCAUGGAAAGCUGAGAACGACUAUCGCAAACGCAGGGUUGCAAAGACCUGCGACAAAUGGGGGUUGACGACAAAAUCACAAAAACUGAUCUUAAACCCUAGGAAUUUCUUCUAUGUGGAUGAUAUCCAUGGUCUGAUCCUGUGCGUUAUCCCUAAAGUUGGAAGUACAAGUUGGCACAAGUCGAUCGUUGUGCUCACUCACCAAUGGGAUCGCAGAGAGGUUAUGGAUCCACAUGUCUUGUAUGGCCAACUGUAUCCCGAUUUGAUCAAACUUGAAAAAUUUUCAGAGUACGGCAUAGCGUACCGCUUGAAACAUUAUCUUAAAGUGAUGUUUGUUCGGCACCCUUUUGAAAGGAUUGUCUCUGGCUAUAGGGACAAGCUAGAGGAUCCAAAUGACGGCUACCGCCACCUGGGUAAAUUUCUGUUAAAAAAGUAUAAAGAGAAAUACAUAACAGUGGACAAAAACGGGACUCGAAUACCAUCAUUUGGUGCGUUGGCGCAGUAUAUCAUCGAGACUGAUGAUGACUUAGAUAAUCAUUUUCGACAGUACGAAAAAACUUGCUUGCCGUGUCAAGUACAGUACGAUGUUAUUGGCAAGUUUGAGACUUUUAACGAAGAUGCUGGUAACGUUCUGAAACUUCUUCAGGCAGACCACGAAUUCAGUUUUCCGUACAGCAAUCCCAGCUCUGCAGUCAAGACCUCGACGCUCGUGACUAAAUAUGUACAAACCCUGACCAAACACGAAAGACAAAACUUGUGGGCUAAAUACGAACUUGAUGCAGAUUUGUUUGGUUACACUUUGGACAAAUUGUUUAACGAAACUAGCUAGUUAAAUUCAGCUGGUAACGUGUAAAUGUAAUUUAAUAACU